GUCCCCUGAGCAAGGAGGAAUUCUCCAGCAAAUGGUCUUCAGACAGAACUGCACAUCAGUUCUGAGUCCAGUCUGCUGGCCCACCCUGCAGAUUUUCGACUUGCCAACCUCCGUAAUCCCAUGAGCCAAUUCCUCCUACCUCUCUUCCUCUAUACACAUCCUGUUGGUUCUGUUUCUCUGGAGAACCCUGACAAAUAAUGUGCAAAAAAAGCGACAAGUCAGAAUGUGCCCCGACUGUAUCUGGCUGUCUCUUUUUGAAGUGGUGUUUUAUAUUAAAGAGAUGGAAAGAUCACUGGAAAAGCCAUCAGAAAAUUGAGAUUUGGCCAAAACUCUUCUAGCAAACUGCCUUUCGGUCUCUGAGCUGGCCACUUUCCCCCUCUGAGCCUCAGUUUCCUGUCUGUAGAAGGAGUUUCAGCAAAGGGAGUCCCAAGUCUAUGAUUCCGUGAACUACAAGCAUUGAACAUUUGAGCCAGCUGCUGAGUAAAUAGCUAAAGACAAUUCUUCUGAGGACUGUCCAGGUGCUGGGUAAGAAAAGAAGCUGAGGUUGUGUACGGGUAGUGGUGGUGGACAAUGCCAAGCAGAGCAGAGAGAAAAAUCAUGAAUGGAAGGAUUCCCGGGACAUCAGGGAGAACAUUCUGUUUUAGUUGAAUGCAAACUAUGGAUGAGUAAAUGCCUGCAUGGAAACCUUUAGCUUUUGUGCCUUCUCAUCUGAGGGCAGAUGGUCUAAACUAAACUCGAAGGCGCUUAGGAUCUGUCCCUGCAUUGCAGUGAUUCUGAUUUUAUACAGGAGGAGUGGGCUGGUGCGGGAGGCUUGGCAGCUGUGAUAGGCUGAGGCCCUCUGGCCAAACUGAGGGGCCCCAGCCCAACCGACAGGAAAUGCCUGACCCCAAGGAUAUGUGUGCUAUUCUCGACCAUAGAGAUUGGAAGGAGUCUCAGACUAGUGCUGGCUGUAAAUUGAUUUCUCUGUUGCCUUGGCUUUGAGGCUUUCUCUUUUUUCAACAUGGGCUUCCCUCGCCAGGUUAAAAAGCAGUAACCGCAAGGAGGAAACCAUAUUAUUUUAGCUUCUCCUGUCUGGAGAGUGGUCAAUACUUAGCUGCAGGGAUCUUUCGGCUCUCUCUGUCAAAUUGAUGUGCACCUAGUGCAGCUGUCCGCCGCUUAAGGCUGGACACUCUGGGCGUGUGACUGGCAAGUCAGCUGCCCCCUGGGGUGCAGACGCAUUCUCCCUGUUCACUGGAGGCAUCCCCUGCAAGGAUGGUGAGGUGGACUUCUUUGCGAUCUUUCUGACCACAGGCUCACCCAUGAGGAGGCAGGGCUCUGAUGGCCAUAUGCCCUGAGAGGUUGGUUGACUGUUUACUCAGUUGGUGCUUGAAGACUGACAAAUGAUUAACCCCCUGGAAUCCCUGGUUAGACCCCAGUUGUGGUCAUGAGUUCAGCCUUUGGAACCGCAGGCUUAAAUUGUUUUUCCAGGAUUCUACCCAGUCGGGCGUCCCUGCCCGGACUCUGCUAUGGAAACCCUCCCUUGGGAGAGAGUGGUGCGCAGGGGGCGUGGGAAGUGAAGGGAGGAAGCCUCUGAGGGCUGCGGGGGAGGCAGGAGCCUGAGCCAUCCCGGCCACCAAGGGAUCCCUGGUCACCUCCCCUGUCCUGUUCUUCCUGGAUGGAACAAGAAGAUAACCAGGGCAUGUGUGAAGCCCAGGACUCAGAAGACAAAGGGAUGGGCACUGAUUUUGAGAACUCUGAAGACAGGGAAGGGGACCCGGAAGAAAGAGGAAUGGGCUGUAACCCACACAACACAGACAAGAGAGAAGGCCGCCCAGAGCAGGAGACGGGCUCCAACACACAGGAGGAAGCUCCCAGGGGGCACUCAGAUGAGAGAGAGCUGGUGUCUGACAUCUGCACAGAGGGGCUGCUGAGUGAGGAAGGAGGGAUUGCUCUCCGUGAGGAAGAGGAUGACCAAUCUGGAGUAGCUGAGAUGGCGAUGUUCCCAGGACUGUCUGAGUCCGACAGCGUUUCCCGGAGUCCCCGAGAAGAGGAGGAGGAGGAGAGCGCUGGGGAGAACCGCCUAGAGGAGGAAGAGGAGCAGCCACCCCCUCCGGUGCUUCCAUGGAGGAGGCACCUCUCCCUGGGGACCCGGCACCGGGGCGAAAAACCUGCCCACCGCCGCUUCCGCCGGCUCCACCACCCCAUGGCCAUGGACCUCGGGGAGCUCGACAGCCUGAUGGCCAGCAUCAUGGAUGCGCCCACCAUCUGCCCCGACUGCGGGGAGAGCUUCAGCCCGGGCGCCGCCUUCCUGCAGCACCAGCGCAUCCACCGCCUGGCAGAGGCCGCCGCGGCGGCCAGCCUGGAGCCCUUCGGCCUCGCGGGCGAGUGCGGCGCGGUGGUCGGGGUGGUGGGGGUGGGCGUGGCGGGGGCCUUCGGGGCGGGGCCGGCGCUGGCCCGGCCCCCGCGCGAGAAGCCCUUCCGCUGCGGCGAGUGCGGCAAGGGCUUCAGCCGCAACACCUACCUGACCAACCACCUGCGGCUGCACACGGGCGAGCGGCCCAACCUGUGCGCCGACUGCGGCAAGAGCUUCAGCUGGCGCGCCGACCUGCUCAAGCACCGGCGCCUGCACACGGGCGAGAAGCCCUACCCGUGCCCGGAGUGUGGCGAGGCCUUCAGCCUCAGCUCGCACCUGCUGAGCCACCGGCGCGCGCAUGCGGCGGCCAGCGGCGCGGGGCCGGCGGCGCUGCGGCCCUUCGCCUGCGGGGAGUGCGGCAAGGGCUUCGUGCGCCGCUCGCACCUGGCCAACCAUCAGCGCAUUCACACGGGUGAGAAGCCACACGGCUGCGGCGAGUGCGGCAAGCGCUUCAGCUGGCGCUCGGACCUGGUGAAGCACCAGCGCGUGCACACGGGCGAGAAGCCCUACAUGUGCUCCGAGUGCGGCGAGACCUUCAGCGUCAGCUCCCACCUCUUCACGCACAAGCGCACGCACUCGGGCGAGCGGCCCUACGUCUGCCGCGAGUGCGGCAAGGGCUUCGGGCGCAACUCGCACCUGGUGAACCACCUGCGUGUGCACACGGGCGAGAAGCCCUUCUGCUGCGGCCAGUGUGAGAAGCGCUUCAGCGACUUCUCCACUCUCACGCAGCACCAGCGCACGCACACGGGCGAGAAGCCCUACACCUGCAUCGAGUGCGGCAAGAGCUUCAUCCAGAGCUCGCACCUGAUCCGCCACCGGCGCAUCCACACCGGCAACAAGCCACACAAGUGCACCGGCUGCGGCAAGGGCUUCCGCUACAAAACGCACCUCGCGCAGCACCAGAAGCUGCACCUGUGCUAGGGCUGGACCCGGGGAGCGCGUCUGGACGAGUUGUCUUGGGGACAGACCCUAGAGAAAGAAAUGGGGAAGGGGCGGGAGGGACAAUCUGAGAAUGACUGGGGAGCCUUUAGGUGUUUGGGGUCCUGAAGGGGAAGGUAGAGUAAGAGUUGUUCUUUGGGUGUGCUGGAUUUUUGCCCGCCUCUUCAUCUUUGGGAGAUGUGCUUGAGCCUGGUGACUUCAUAUACACGCCGUAGGGGUGAAGAGCGUGGAGGGGCAGGCACUUGAGGAUCUUGAGGAAGGCGAGCUAGCGGGCUGGGGGAGGGAACAGGAUGGCAGGCAAUAGAAUAGUUUGGGCGGUGCUGGUCUGGGGGAAGCAGAGAGGGAGUGUGGUUGCAGUGAGGGUUAUUGGGUAAAACAAAAGGCGGGCAUGAAUAAUUCUAUCCUGGUUUCACCAGGUAUGGAGCCACUGUUUGCCCUGUACCCCCACAUCAGCUCUAGUCCCACAAAAAGUAGAGGAACCUUGUCAAUCUUACAGGAGUGGAUACCUUGUGUCCGCUUCCCUUCCUCUCUCUGAGCCACCGUUAGCUGCUAUUUUGAGACAUCCAGGGGAAACUGGGCAGAAAAGCUACACACCCUCAUUUCAAGGGCCGAAUUUCGGAGGUUUGGAAAUUCAUUCAUAACUGGUUUUCAGAUCUUGGAAAUCUUGGUCCUGCUCCUGGUUCUUGGCUACUUCCUCUAAAAUAUUGUAGCUUCUUGCUGGGUCAAGGUUGUCUAUGUGGAUGACCAGACCCCUGCCCCUGGUGUCAGGUGUGUUCCAGGCCCAGGAUUUCCUUCAGGUCUCAUCUGUGAUCCCAGCUCUGUGUGACUUUUCCUUUCCCGAGUCUGCUUGAUGUUUGUUUCAAGUGAACUCCAGGCCACCAGCAGUUGCCCCGGUGACCUGCUACAAAAGUCCAGUAGCUUCGAGUUUUCCUGUCCUUGUGGGAUAAACCCAGGAAAGCAAAUGUUCACAUGUUGGGGUGCAAGGCUUCUUCCUCUUAUUUGCCUUCACUUCGUAUCUGUGUGCCCCUCCCCCUCUGCAGUAAUGGAGGCGCUAUUCCAACCCCCACCUCCAUCCCUAUUGAUAUGGGUUCUGGUGUGAGUAGAAAUUUCUCUUUCCUAUGUAGGGAGGCACAAUAGAAAGCUUCAGACUUUACUCAAGGAGGGCACAAGCAGGGAGAGGUGUAAAUGCAAAAUUGCCAAAUAGCACAAGCAAUGAAUGUUUUCUGGUUGUUAUAUAAAUGCCAAAAGAGCACUUUUGUAUUUGUAAAGUGCUUUAUGCUUUUUCAUGAUUGUUAGUUGUUUCUCGCGUCUUUGUGAGGUAGAGCAGUAUUAUGACCCCCGUCUUAGGGAGGGCCUGGGGACAGGUGUGCAGUGCGCAGUUCUGAAGAGAGGCGGUGACGGUGUGGAUAGGUGUGGUCUGACUUUUUGUGCUCUCCAGCUCAGCUGCUAGGAAGACUUACCUGCCGUGAUUUAUAUCAUAAAAUAAGGACACUGAACAUUCUUAAUGCUUGAUGGAAAACUUAAGGCUAGUCUAGAAGGGCCAAAGAUGUCCUAGUUGACAAAGCUGGUCUUUGUCAUGUAAUUAAGAGUGUCCUAGAGAUGUUCCAUUCCUAGUAGGGACUGUAGUUAGAUGACUCUUGUAUAGACUUCAGUGACCUCUGCUGAACACCCCUCCCUUAGGUUAGCCUUUAGAAGGUAGAGUUGUGGAAAGCGGUUUUGUUUUCUUUGCUAGUGAUUAUUGCCCUACACUUUUCAUGGAAGUGUCUUCACAAACUGUUGGACACACUUGAAGGGAAAAAAAAAAAAAAAAGCCCACAAGAUUGUUUUUGUGAUUUUAGCAACUUUCUAUGGAUACUGGUGAUUUAUACUUGAUCAGUUAUAUUCAAGCAAAGAACCUCCUUGGGUACCAGAGGAAAGCAUGUUUUUGCCAUUAUAAAAAACACUUAUUUAGAAACCCUGAGAAUUCGGGGCUUGUGUCAAGCCUGCUGAUCUUGCCCUGUUGAUCAGUUUAUUGUUAUUCACAAAGGCGAAUAGAUUUUCGAAAUAUAGAUAGUUCUGGAAGAUCUGAAUUCCUUUUAAUUUUCUUUUAGUCAAGAGUAGUCUGAGCAAAGCAAGCGUCCAUUAUUUAUUCUGAGCUGUCGUCUGAAUACUAAGUGUAUAAGACUCACAGGAAAAUAAUAUAGCCAGUUUGCAGGUGCCCUUUCUCCUUUGUGUGUUUUUUUUUUUCAUGCACAUCUACCUCUUCCAGCUGUUUUAAGUUCUCUUGAGUCUGUGCGUAUGAAAUCUCAUCCAACUUUUGAUUAUUCAUGGGUUGAUGAUCGACUUUAUGGGUGACUUGGUCUUUUGCUGAUGUUUUCAUACUAUUGCAUAAUCUCCUCGGCACCCAGGGUGUCCUGUAGCAGCAGAUUUCGAGAGUGGGUUCAAUGAGGAGAAGAGAUUGAAGUUAAUGUGAAAUAAUUUAAUGGCAGUGGAAAUCUUUGGAUUUCAUUGACCUCUCCUGUUCUGUCUAUUACCUUGGAUGAGAGAGCCAGCUACUACUUCUGUAUCUGUCCUGUGAGCGCAUCCUUUAGCAAAGAAGACAGUCCAGCCAUCAACGCCCCACUCUCCUGGUGCAUCUCAAAUGUGAUUCCAUUUCUCUUACAAUUCUUCAGGGAACAUAUCUGCGUUAAGUGAGGUUGAAUGCAUUCAGGAGGUUGUUUCUUGGAUCUAGUUUUAGGAUUUCUAAAGCAAACCCUGGCAACUGGUUCAUCCUUGAAAACGGUCAUCUGAAGACUCCUUCCACCAAGUCAUUCAUGAUGGUGGAGGCAAGUGUAUCAUUUGUUCCCUGGGGAGUUUGGUCAAGGGCAGGCCGCCCUUUACGGAGCAGAACCUGGAGCAGUUUUAAAUUGGUUAACCGGCUUGAUUAAAUAUUGAAUGCUGUGUUCAAAGAAGAGGAGGAGAAGUUAAGCCCUUGAGCCAUGUGGCCUCUUCAAGAUCAGGAGGCUGUACAUAUGUGAAAAAGGACAAACUAAGAAACCGUGUUCAUAGACAAUCUGAACUGUUUCUAAAGUGUGUGCCCAUUUUCCUUUCCUGUAAUGUUAUUUUACAGCCGUUUGUUAAAAUAGUGAAUAAUUUAAUGAUCCUAAAAGUAACAGGUUUUGUAUGUGUGUGUGUGGGUGUGUGCUUGUGUAUGUGAGAAUUGCCUUAUUUUCAGGUGGUUUUAUUUAAUAAUGGUUCCUUGGACAGCAUUCUGGUGUUCAGCAACCAAUCCGGAAUAUGUCAUUAAAUCCAUAUCCAUCUUUUACCAUGUCAUUCUUUCCUCUCUUUACUUGUCACUUGUUAAAUAUCACUCAGUUCAGUCUAUGGAAGCUCCGUUCUGGUAAAGCAGGAGUGUUCAAACUAUCAAA